CAGUUCUAUUCCAAUAUGUUUUCAGUUAAUAUGUAAAUGUAGACAACAUGAUAGUACAAGAAACUACGAAAUCUAAAAAAGUGUGACAACGUUGAAUUUCUUGUGUCCUCGAGUUGAACAGCCGGUUAAACGAUUCGUUCCGUUGGCAGAGUGCAUGUUUUGUUGUGCGCCGGCGGGUGGUGAGUAGCACUGAGAAACACGACGACGGAACGCAUGUGACGGUUGAGAACAGUUGAAACUCCAAUCGGUUUUGUCGUUUGUGACUCCUUUUGUCGGUCAUAACGCGAUAGUUUCGUCUCUUUUACGAAUGACCCUGACGUUGAUCUUAAGGUGAUGUAGUAUGAGUCAUCUAAGUGGAAUUCUCGGUAAUACCUGUUGGUUAGUUACCCAUCAGCGAUUAUAGUUACAACGUGAAUAGUGAGGUUAUGUUUACGUUUACAUAGUGAAAAUUCGGUCCUUACAUGUUAUCAUUUCGGUAGUAUUGGGGUGUUUUUAUUGAUUCGAGACAGGUGUUUCAAGUGUAGACGCAAGUGCAUUUUCUUUCUUUGGAUAUUUUGCUUCCUUGUAGAUAGGAGGAAUGUGACUAAUCAUAGUGUGAAUAUGUGGUCGAAACAACAGGAUACGCGUAACACCAAUAAAAAUAUGACAUCAUUUAAAAAUAAGAUAACCAACCGGAAACGGAAAAACUCGAAGACUAGAACUACAGCAACCGAAACCGUUGUCAGUCCCGAGACAGAUUUAGCAUCAAAGUCAAAACAAACCGAAGAGAAGCAAAAGCAGACAAAGUCAGGUAAAAACAGAAAUAGAAAUAGGAACAAAAAAUCAACCGAAAAUACCGAUGAGUUAAAAAGUGGUACGCCGACAAUCAAUCAGCAAAAAUCGAACGAAAAAAACGGUGAUGUCAUUAAAAAUGACCUUGAAAAUGCAGAUGUUGUGCUUCGUAAUCCAACAAACAUCAAAAGAACUAACAGUAAUAAUUCAAUUAAAAGAUACAGCGACAGUAUUGUCAUAGAUAAUGAUAACGGACAAAUAAAGCUUAGAGAAGAAAGUGAUGUAGUCCCGCCCAACUUAACUCGGGCAGUGAGCGGCUUUUUCAUUAUAGACCAGGCAAAAAAAGCCAGAAGACUGAGCGAUCUCUUUCGACCUCACAGUACGAUGAAACUCUCAGUGAGUACUGAAAAUAUAAAUCUCAAAAAUAAUAUGAAAUCAGAUGAAGCUAGUGUUAGAGAAGAAAAGAAAAGUGAAGAACUCGUCCGCCAAAAUAGUGUUAACGUUAAAGGUGACUCUAGUAAACGAGGUGAUAAAAACAGUUCCAAUAAAUUUUCUUCGAAAAACUUAAAUAAGGGCAAUAAUUCGAGUGCUAGCUCAAACUCUUAUCUCAAACGGGUAAGAUCAAAAAUCUACAAAACGAAAUCGGAACAAUCUGUGGAUGAAGUUGAUGCUUCUUCGAAAUCUAGAAAGCUGAAACCUAAGAAAAGCAAUGAAAUAAGUAGUAGUAGAAUACCCGAAGAUGAAGUAGCAGUAUUAAGUCCCAAUGGGUUGCGAUCGUCGAUAACAAAUUUUGAUUUUCGUUUAACCCGACAAACUUCCAAUUUGGAACGCGUGAGACCAAAAACAACGGACUCUGAUUCUAUUCCGAAUGAGAAACCCCUUUUAGCUAAAGCCAAAUCGAGUAGUUCUAUAAAUUUGAGUUUAUUAAGGGCGCGUAGGAAUCAACUUAUGGAAAAAGUUGCGUCAAAGUUCGGUUCUAAAGACGUUCAUGACGAAUUUGAUUUCAUAACGUUCGGUAACGUACCUGGAUUCGGUAGUGUGAACAAUUUAAACGGAAUAUUCGGAUCUCAGACAAGUUUGCAGAAACAACCGAGUUGGCUGCAUAUACACAAGGAAGAGAAAGGUAUCGUAAGAUUUUUAUAAUAAUAUAUAAAUUUUAUGUUUACGUGUACGUUAUGUUUUAUUAUCUUUUAUUUAUUAAGAUAACGUAGGUAAAUAAGAAGUAAUAUUCGUUGAUUUUUGAAUUAUAUAAUUAAAUAUUGAUGUGAUGAAGUUAAAACUGAGCUAGUUUUCUGCAGAAUGGAUAGAUACCCGCAGCAAGAAAAUUUUAUUGUAUGACUUAUGAGGAUUGUUUCAAUUGUUUCCAACCUAAAAAAGAAAUGAAAUUUUUUUCUGUCUGUCUAUACUGUCUAUCUGUCUUUUUAAGUCUAUACACUUUGUUCAGCGAUACUCAAACCUAUUUAACCCUUCAAAAUAAUAGUUGCCGUCUUUAUCCUCAAAAUAGGCGUUUACGUAUGCAGUAACUUUCUCGUCUGAUGAAAAUCUUUUUUCUGCAAGUGCUUUGCCUUGGUUGCAAAGCACCGAUCGCCAUCAUUUAUCCGGUCGAUCAAACCAUCUGCAGGUUCGCAUAUAUUAUAAUUGUACAUUCAUGUACAAAAGAUUUAAUACAAUAUUUGCAUCUAAGUAUAUGAUCAUUAGUAUAAUCAAUUUCAAAAAAAUCCGUUUAAAAAAUUAAGCACCCAGAUUUAGCAACCUCAACUCCAAUUAGCGCUUGUAUAUUAAACCUAAUUAAAUAGAUCCCGUUUUCAGUGAUAUCAUUAAAAAUAAACGAAACAAAAAUCUUUUCUCAAAACUAAAAAGUUAAUUUUGUGGAUCUGCAAAUUUCAAUUGUUAAAAUAACAUUGAAAUUUAUUAGAUUGAAUUAGAUUGUGUUCAACCUUGACAUCUUCUCGAUACACUAUAUGUAUCUGAUAUUUUAUAUUUUUGCUUCUUUGUAUCGAAUAUAGUGUUAGUUUUAUAGCUUUCAUUUUUUACAAGAGUAUAAACAAGCUCUAUUUCAAAAUAGCCAAGUAUUCAAAAAGUGCAGAAACCUUCAUCUGAAUAUAGUGAAGUAUGUUUCCUCAAUUUCAUCAAGAAAGACUAUUUCACACACAAAACUUCACAAGAAAUAUUUAUAGGUUUUUCUAUUAGAGAUUAUCGAAAAUACAAGUAUUUAUUAACAAAAAAUGCAAGUAUACCCAACAAUUCAUCAUCAUCAUCAUUUUAAAUAGCACCCCUUGGAGUAAAGGGUGCCUGUCGGGGUUUAAGCAUCUAUGGUAAAACGAUGCAAUAUCUAUCCUCAUGCGUGGUUUUGUGGAUUUCUUUCAACUUUGUUGACGAGGAGUCUUCUUUUUCUUCUGUUUUUGGCUAUUUCUGUAGGUUUUUCCAUGUUAAGUUUAUCUGUUUUAGCUAUUUCUUGAUAGUUAUCCAUGUUCGUACAGGUCUGCCUCGUUUUCUUCUGCCUGUUGUAUUACAAUUCAAUGCUUGUCUUGUUACAAUUAUUGCUGGAUUCUGUAGUGUAUGAACUAUCCAUCUCCAUUUUCGCUUCGUAAUCGUUACGUCUAUUUUCUCUUCUUCCGAAAUGUUCUGUACAGAUGUUUAUAUCCUAUCCUAUUUAGCCAAAAAAUUUUGCUGAUGAACGCUUGAAUUUUCUGGAACAACUUUUUAUUAUAUGUCGCCCCAUAUAACAGAAUAGAUUUUACAUUGCUCUGAAACAGUCUUAAUUUUGUUUUUCCUGAAAUACUUGUUGAAGACCAUAUUUUAAACAAGUCCUCGUUUUUUAUGUUAUAUAUCUCUAGCAAGUCUUCUCUUAAGUGUACUUCGUAUGUUUAGUAAUUGGUAUUUUAAAUAUUUUCUUUCUCUUAUUUUGGCCUUCGUUUCUGCUGUUAUUCACUGUGGUCUUUUUGGUUUUUAUAACCCAUUGUUUUUGCUGCAGUCUCUCUAAAUAUGAAUGUGAUUUCCAUAUGUCGUUUACAUCGUGAUUUGUCAUACACACUUGGAUUUGAGACGAAUAUUAAGCUGCGGUAGCCAUUUCAUAGGGCACGAACCGGACUGGGCCCAUAAUUUUUUGCCCAAAAAUUAAUUUUGUUGCUUAUACAGUUACCGAGAUAACGCGUGGCCCCGUAGCGUAAUAUUAAGCUGCGGUAGCCAUACAGUAUAUUUUGGUAACAGAAUAUACAGACCUGUCGGCAUAUUCUUUUAUCUCUAUUGUGUGUUUUCUCUUAAAUUUGUAUAAUAGUAAAGAUAUUUAUUCGUAGAAUUCUGGUUUAAUUUCGUCUUUUUGUUAGUUUUUCGACGCAUAUACAUUAAUCAUUAGCAAGGUUCUAAAUUUUGUCUUAAAUCUGACCCAUAUGAUUCUCUCAGAUACGUUUUCAAAAUCUAGAAGUGUCGAUGUAGUUUCUUUGUUUAACAUGAAAGCUACUCUUUUUCUUUGUUUGAAUCUAUGUCUUCUUUGUCUAUAGGAAUAUGUAACCGUCUUGUAGAUUGAUUUGACCUGCCCCAUUCUACUUUGUUUCACUUAAUCAUAGAAUACUUAUUUCGUAGUCUCUCAUUUCUUUUUAUAUUUGGUAUACGAACCCCGUCCCAUUUCAGUUGGCCCAAUUAUUGCUUAUUCAGCUAUUAAAAACCGGUAAAUUGUUUCGUUUCGAGCACUUUAUAUUUUCUAUAAACAUUUUAGAUACUUUUACAGGAGUUACAAGUCUUAACAUAUGUUAUAAUUACAAACCAAAAAAAAAAAAAAAAAAUCAAAUGUAUUCAGAAAAGCUUAAAUAUUAAACAUACUUUUAAAAGUUACCAUUGCGUAACAUCUCCCUUAUUUUCAAUAACAGCUGUCACUCUUUAAGCCAUGGUGUUUAUUAAAUUCUGGCAGUAUUCGGGAGUAAAAUCAUCCCAAAUUUCUUGUAGUCUUUCUUUUAAUUCCAUGACAGUUCUAGCUAGAUUUGCACGCAACUGCUUUUUCAUUUCAUGCCAAAGUGUUUCUAUUGGUGAUAAAUCUGGACUACUUGAAACCCACUCUAAAAGUGAGAACCAUCUUAAGGCCUUUUUUGACUUAUGGCAUGCUGCUCCAUCUUGCUGAAAAAUAAAGGCUUCCCCAUUGGUUGAAGUUACUUCUCUUGUUGGCAACAAUGAUUUUUCUAAAAUAUCCAGGUACUUUUCAGUAUUGACAAUUCCGUUUAUGAAAUGGAGUUUUCCCACUCCUCUUGCAGAUAUCGAGCCCCACAACAUCACAGAUGCCGGAAAUUUUACUUUCCGCUUUAAAUAAUCUGGAUGAAAAGUUUUAUUUUUUUGUCGAAUAACUCUACUUCGAUCAUCACCCACGCAAACUUCAAAACGAGACUCAUCACUCCAAUGUAUACAGCUCCACUGUUCAAAAUUCCAAUUUUCAUGCUCUGUGGCCCAUUUAAGUCUAUUUUUCUUUUGGAUUUGAGUCAAGGAUGGUCUAUGUAAAGAAAAUUUAAAUUUCUAAAAAUAUUUCUAUAAAUAUCCGAAAUCCUAAUUUUUGAUCCUCUCUGUGAUCUUGAACUCGCCUACCCACUACAUUACUCCAAAAUACACUUAGUUGACCAUAGUUAGCACGUCUGUUUUGUUGAAUUAUUCUUUUUAAAACUCGUUUAUCUUUCUCUGACAAUUUCGAUUUUCUUACGUACCGGUGUUUAGGGACAAUUGAACCAUUUGCUUUAUACCAGCCAACUACAUUCAUCCAUUUCAUCAUUUAGUUUCCUUUUAUUAGAUUGUAUAUCAUUUCUGUAGUAUUCUUCUUUUGAUUUAUUGUAUUUAUAUCUCUGAUCUUAUUUCCUUGUAAAUUUUUGUUUUAAUUUAUUUUCUUUUGUCCAUUUGCUUGUCCAGAUUCUGUUAGUUUUAGUUUUUUUGGAUUUAUGCGUGUUGAUUUUGCAAUUUUCCGAUUCUAUUCUUGUUAUUCUUCGCUAAAUGGUGACCAUUGACUGCUUUUCUUCUAAUUUUUCCAUAUUUCCUAUAUAAUCCACUAUUUCCCCAUCUAUAAUUAGUUUAUGAUAUUGCUCUAUGUCUUUUGUUUCUGACUGCUUUUAGUUGCGGUAGUAAUCGAUUCCUCGUUUUCUGUACUUAUUUUCUAUAGUCUUCCGUGAUCCAUAUACUUGUACCUUUCAACCUUUUUGUGUCUUUGUGUCUCUUAUAUAUUCUAUGCCGGUGACCUACUUGGUUUAGAACACCAACCCACUGACGAAAUUUGCGUCUCGAGGAAAUAUUCCUUGUCUGAUAAUAUUACUUUAAGUCGUUAUCAAAGGUCAGCUACUGUUAAUUAAACUACUGUUCGUAACUUUUGUCUUUUCCACUUUUUGAAUAAAUAUAAUUUUUUCAUUUUAAAAUUCAUAAAUCAAUCAAUGAUGGCUAAUACUUUCGUAAUCGUACUUAUAUCAAAAAAAUUUCAUUUAUUUGAGUUAUUUCCCACUAAAAUGUUAAUUUAAUGGUUACACGACUUUAAUCACUCACACACACGCGAUACCGUACAAUUUACAUUGCACAUAUUUGAAGUGACUGCUAAUCAUGGUUCAAGAUCUUCCGUAUAUCUCUGGCAAAAUGCAAGCUCGUACUUACUAUUUUAGAUAUAGCCACUAGCAAUAAACAUAUGUUUGAAUAGAAGAGAAAUCACAUUUAUAUUCUCUUUAAUAGCCAAGUGACAUUGAUGGCUAUUGAGUGCACAUUCAUGCUAGCGCGGGAAUCUAAACAAAGGCUGAAAGCACUAGCUCACAGAAUCAAACUAACCCCUGCUACAAGGCCUCCAGGGUAUACCAAGCAAUAAAGAAGCUGACAACCUUGCUAAAAAGUGAGCCAGAGCCCUACAUUAGCCUUAGUAGACGUCACG